AUGGCAGAGAAUGUAGCUGUGUUCAACCCCAGUUCCUCAGAAACUAACAGCGGUGGUAGUGCCAACCCCAGGCGGCAGCUACGGCCGGUGUCCGCGCUGGACACCGCUGCAGCGGGACACGACCACUGCCUGGGGAUGGUGAGGUGGACCAAUGACAGCGGUGUGACGGGCUUCAUCCUGCUGGGCUUUUCUGGCCAUCCCCAGUUAAGGGAAGCACUAUUUGUGGUCGUCCUGGUCUUCUACCUACUGACCAUUUGGGGGAACACUGCUAUCAUCCUGGUGUCCUGCCUGGACGCCAAGCUCCGCACGCCCAUGUACUUCUUCCUCUCGCAUCUCUCCUUCCUGGACCUCUGCUUCACCAGCAGCAUCGUCCCACAGCUCCUUGUCAACCUAGGGGGUGCAGAUAACUCCAUCUCCUACGCAGGCUGCGUGGUCCAGCUCUAUGUGUCCCUUGCCCUGGGCUCCACAGAGUGCGUCCUUCUGGCUGUGAUGUCCUACGACCGCUAUGUCGCUGUCUGCCGUCCUCUGCACUACGCCGCUGUCAUGCAUCCUCGGCUCUGUCAUGCCCUGGCAUCCGUGGCAUGGCUCAGUGGCAUGGCCACCACCCUGGUGCAGUCCACACUCACCCUUCAGCUGCCCCUCUGUGGGCACAGAAUUGUGGACCACUUCUUCUGUGAGGUCCCAGUGCUCAUCAAGCUGGCUUGUGUGGACACCACCUUCAAUGAGGCCGAGCUCUUUGUGGCCAGCGUCUUGUUCCUGCUGGUACCCGUGUCCUUCAUCCUGGGCUCCUAUGGGCUCAUCGCCCGGGCAGUGCUGGGCAUCGCGUCAGCAGCAGGCAGGCGCAAGGCCUUUGGCACCUGCUCGUCCCACCUGCUGGUGGUCGUCAUCUUCUAUGGCACCAUCAUCUUCAUGUACCUGCAGCCGGCCAAGAGCCGCUCCAAGGACCAGGGCAAGUUUGUUUCCCUCUUCUACACUGUGGUGACGCCCGUGCUCAACCCCCUCAUUUACACCCUGAGGAACAAGGACGUGAGAGCUGCCUUGUGGAGGGCUUUGGAGAAUGUCUUGGGACUAAAUCGUAUGUGA